CAUCAUGCUUUUCAUCUCGCGCGCACGUAUCACAUCACAUCACACACGGCCGUACACAUAACGCGCGGUGCCGCCGGUGGACAUCGUACAAGUACAAGUGCACGUGCAUAGCACAGGUUCAAACGUACGUAUUGACGUUGAACUUGAAGCGGAAAAAAAAUCCAAAAUGGGCGACGCAUCAGAAGCAGGUUUGAACCACAAGCACGAAAAUGGCUUGGAGUUGGUGAGCCAGGCCGAUCGCAAAAUGACGACCAAGGAUUUGGGCGAUCUGGAGGGGGAUGGUACCGAGAAGAAGGUGCCGGAGGCAAGAGAGCAGUGGGGCAGCAAGUUGGACUUCCUGCUGGCACUGAUUGGCUUCUCGGUCGGGCUUGGAAACGUGUGGCGGUUCCCGUAUCUCUGCUUCAAAAAUGGAGGAGGUGCCUUUCUCAUCCCCUACCUGAUCUGCCUGGUGGUAGGCGGGGUACCACUCCUGCUGCUGGAGCUAGGACUGGGCCAGUAUAUGGCCCAGGGAGGCAUCGGUGUCUGGAAAAUUUCUCCGCUGUUUAGAGGUAUUGGUCUCGGUAGCGUGGUUAUACUGGUGCUGUUGGAUAUCUACUACAUAGUCAUCCUGGCCUGGUCGCUGUAUUACAUGUUCAUGUCCUUCACCUCCGUCCUCCCCUGGUCCCACUGCAACAACAUCUUCAACACCGCCACCUGCAGGGACCCGACUUUGCUGGGGGUCCCCGGUUCCACGUUUUGGGUAUGCGACCACUUCUGGUUGAACAAGACCAUCCCGCCAGUACCCGACACCUUGGUGAACAUCACGGAGGCCUUGGACAACUGCACGGAUCUGGAGGGCAUCAACCGAACAAGUUCAGUCACCGAGUUUUGGGAGCGCAAGAUCCUUCAGAUACAUCUUUCCGAAGGGCUCGAAGAUAUCGGAGCCCCCAAUUGGCAGUUGACACUGAGCCUCCUCCUGGCCUGGGCACUGGUGUACUUGUGCGUUUUCAAAGGUGUGAAAAGCUCUGGAAAGGUGGUGUAUUUCACAGCUACGUUUCCUUACAUCUUGAUCACCAUUCUCCUCAUCAGGGCAGUGACACUGCCAAACGCAGCAGAGGGAUUGCUGUAUUACGUGAAGCCGGAUCUGGCACGACUCGCAGAUGGUGAAACAUGGCUGGACGCUGCCACGCAAAUUUUCUUUUCCUACUCGCUGGGAUUGGGCAACAUGGCUGCCUUGGGAAGCUACAAUGCAUACAACCAUAACUUCUUCAGGGAUGGCAUCAUCUUCGCAGUCGUCAACAGCUUCACGAGUAUUUACUCAGGAGUCGUCAUUUUCUCCGUGCUGGGGUUCAUGGCGGGCAAACAGAGCGUUGACGUGUCUAAGGUAGUCAAAUCCGGUCCUGGCCUGGCAUUCAUUGCGUAUCCAGAAGCCGUGGUUCAGAUGCCCCUCCCCACACUCUGGGCCAUUCUGUUCUUCUUCAUGCUUCUCCUCCUUGGAAUUGACAGCCAGUUUGUUGGUGUUGAGGGCUUGGUGACUGCCAUAGUGGACUCCUUCCCAAGUCUUCGUAAGGGCAAGCGACGUCCGCUGUUUGUAUUGGCCCUGUGCUGUGUGCUGUUCCUGGCUGGCAUCCCGAUGACUUGUUAUGGUGGUAUGUACGUAUUCCAGUUGUUUGACGCCUAUGCAGCAAGCGGUUUUGCACUUCUGUGGGUAGCUUUCUUUGAGGCGGUGGUCAUAGGCUGGGUAUACGGGGCCGACAAUUAUUACAAUGAUUUCAACAAGAUGCUGAAUUUUCGUCCGAAUCCUUACCUGAAAGUCUGCUGGAUGUUCCUCACUCCACUAUUCACCUUGGGAGUUUUCAUCUUCAGCUGUGUGAGCUAUAAACCUUUGGUCUACAACGAUUACCAGUAUCCACCAUGGGGCCAGGCAUUGGGUUGGAUAAUGGCUACUGCCUCCAUGGUGCAAAUCCCCAUCUUCUUCAUCUAUAAGAUGCUGACAAGUAAAGGAUCACUCCGGGAGCGUUGGAACUACCUGACCACUGCCAAAGUGCAGGCGCAUCAGGUAGCAGGGUACUUUGAUGAAGACGUGCCAGAGCAGCAGAUGAUGACUACAAUUCCCUCUGCACCAGCGACGAGGAUGGCCAAUGGGGAGGAGCCUCCAUCCUACGAUGCGGCCAUGAGCGUCGAAACAGCAGAAAAAGGAGGACUCCUUGCGGAUAACAGCGUGUAAAGCUUGCCAAGUGUAGUUAUAGGGGGAAGCCAGUGGUAAAAAGGUUCUCUAUAGCAAAUGCAAUUCUACAACCACAACGCUUCUCUCGACUUUUACCACCAUCAUCAUCCUUAUCAUCAUCAUCUUCCAACUCGCUCCUCUGUUCAUCCACAUCCAAGGCUCACACUGCUGCUUUGCUACUUCCACCAACUUUGACACUUCUUCAGCCCAUCGCGAGAACGGACGACCUCCUCCGGAUUUGGCUUUAAGCCCCGCCCACCUUUGGUUUGAAGCUCCGCCCACCUUUGGUUUGUAUUCAUCUCUUACGGUGUUUUAUGACCGGGUUUGAUUACACUACCCUGGUCACCUAACCAAAAAUCGUGAUCUAAUUGGUCAGUUAACACUUUCAUCAUUCAGUUAAAGGUACAUAUGAUCAUCUGCUUUUUGCAAAUUCUUUUCCCCCCGUUUGAAACUACAAAAGUUCUCAAAAAUUUUGUGGGGUGCAUGUAACAACUAACCUGUUGGAAGUUGUAGCCAUGUGGCUACAAACAUCAUGUUCUUGGAGGAUCUCGAUAACUUGUAUGAUGGUAAAAGUGGGGGAAAAAACUAAAAUGAAUUAUAACAAACAUGUUUUUGCUGUUUGUUCUGUUCUGUUUUUACAUUCGAUAAUUUUUUUUUUACAUUUUCUUUUCUUUUGAAAGGCAAAGCCAAUUAAUUAUUGCAACAAUUUAACAAUCAGUAUUUUCAGUUGGAACGUGUUUUGUAUUAGUUUUAGAUCAGUGUUGUAAGUAUAAAAAUCUUCAAGAAAUAUCCAAACGUACCAAGCAAUUCCACAUUUCUGUCAGGAUUCACAAGGAGAACUGGAGACUCUGAAUUUGGCACUUGAGACCUUAAAGUGGAGUUUCUUUUUGAAUAGCUAUUUUUUUUAGCAAUACAAAAGUUAUGCACUUGUGAAUGAGACGUCAAACAAAACGUUUAGGUAGGGAAUAAUUAGUUUACAACUUUCAAACUAUUUGCAGACCGACAAUUAUUUAGGCGCAUCUUUUUUUGCGUAAUGGUUGCAAAAGCAACCAACAAUAAUACCUUUAGAUAAGGUAUAAGGUAAAAUUUUCAGAGGGUUAAAAAAUGUCCAAAAUAGUAAAUAAUUCUCGUGCGAAUUGAAAACUCAUCAGAAGAAAAUCAUUUGAGAUAACAAACAGCAAAAGUAGAGCAACUUUAAGAUUUCUGUUUAAAACUAAAUAAUGCUGUGUGAUCAUUGUAAAUUUGUAUUCCCGUUAACGCACGAAAAGCAUGAACUGAAAUUAUAGUGAUUAAAUAUGUUAAUUUUUUUAUGUGUUUAAAUUAAUUUUUAAUAUCACUCAGUUUUAAGUGGACCAAUAAUUUUAGCACAGGGAAUGAUAGCAAAGUUACUGACAUACCGGUAGCAGAUAUUAGUGUAUCUAAGAAAGCUGAACAAACCCUAAACAAAAAGGGACUUUUUAUGUUUGAGCAAACGUUAGGGUCUUCAAAGUGAAAACGGCAUUCACUUUAAUAGACUGGAACAUCAGAACUGACUAACUGAGUAUUUUGCGUUUGUUUAUGGUGUUAAUCCAGGAUACACACGUGCAUCACCAUCGAUAAAUCGAGGACAGAAACCGAAUCGAGGACUCCUGGGUUGAAAACGUGUACAAAACCAAUGAGAGCUCUUGCGAAAAAGAAGUACAAACAAAGAGAAAGGGAAGAGGAACACACAAAAAUCCUUGAUUUACACCAUAAACAAACGUGUAUGUGUGUGUGUGUGUUAAGUUGGAGAUAUUUAUCUUGGACAAUCGUUUUAUUCAAAACCUUGAAUACAUGUCUAUAGGGUCCUUGAAGUAGUAACUUUUGACCUUAUUCUAGAGACUUUUUAGAUAUUCAUUUUAGCCAUCUGAAACUUAAAAAAACUUAAUAUCCAUCCUCCCCUCCCCCACCCUUUAUCAAUCUGGUCAUCAGUUUUUGCCCCACCGCCACUCCCACAACACACUCGCACUAGCAAGCUAUUUCAUGACCAUUUUCACAAAAACACGCCUUGAUUUCAACAUCAGUUUGAUCCUUUUUUUUCUGGUUUAGAAUAACAGGGAAAUAAUCAAAUAAUGGACAAAUUAUAGCUGUUGGUCAAACCCAAGGAGAAAAAUUUGAGAAAAACUGUGGGGUUCGUUUGCUGUUAAACCAGAUUAUCCAAAGGCCCAUGUUAUCGAUCAGUUUGUCUGACUUUUAACCAGUGGAUUGAAAAUGUUGUUAUUGAUCAACUGUUUUCCUUUUCCGUCAAAGGCCAGGUCACAUUUGUGCAAGAUGGCAAACACCUGUACAGUUUUUGUAGCAAAGACACAGAGACACAUGACGUGAUUUGUUGCGCACCAAGUUGAAGAUACAUAACAAAUUCAAAUCACUUUUUUUUUAUCAGUGAGCUGGAUAAAAGAUUGAUGUGUUAUCUCAAAGCAAUUUUGCAUCCCCCUCCCACGAUUUGUUGUUUUCAAUGACCCUCCCCCCGGCCACCACAAAAAAAAUGAAAAAAAUAUAACAACCCAUAAUUGAACCAUUUCAUUUGUAAAACCAUGCUUGUCACUUACAUCAACAUGAUGGCACAUGGUGGUGGUGGUGGGGACAUUUGAUCAAAAAAAUAACAUGCAUUGAAAAAGGUUCAUUGGGAAUUUAAUUAUACUAACGCCUUUUAUUUGUCCGUAUACAGGUUUAUCGGGUAUGAGUAUUUCUACGCUGUAAACUGAAUGCUUAUCUUUACAUUUGUGUUUUCAUUUCAACUAAUUUUGUCUUUGGCAAUGUAAAAUAAUUUAUGAUAAUUAUGCUGUGUAUUGAGUGUGUAUUAAUUUCCUUCAAAAGGAUUUUUUAAAAAUUAUAUAAGACAAUCUUAUUGUGGUUUUAAAUUGAAAGUAUAAUAACAAAAACACUACAUUGUAUACAACA